GGAGGAGCUGCGUCAGUCAGAAGGAGCCAGAGAGAGAGAGAGGCACCAUCGGAGCGGCUGCAAGAAGAGCCAGCCAGCCUCCCCGCCGCCUGGAGAGCAUCUUUGGAGCAUCUCUUCCUUCCCACCCACCCGCCAGCCAUCCCUGCAUCCCUCCCUUCUUCUCUCCUGCUGCUGCCAUCAUCCUUCCUUCCGUCUCUGGCCUGGAUGUCUUCCCCACUGGAUCGCCCCGGCUCCGGCCAGCACUGGGUGGGCGAUGGGGCAGAGGAGGAGGAGGAGGAGGGGCUGGGCCCCCGGUGGCAACAAGGCCCAGCAGCCCCGCCUGCAUCCCCGCCCGUCGCCAUGGCAACCGCCGCCCCAGGAGGCAUGACAUCCUCUCACUUCUAUGGUUAUAGUUCUUCCAAGACAACAGAGAUGGGCAAUGGCUCCUUCUACACCUCCCUGAUUUCUGAUGACCUCUAUACAUCUCCUCAGGAUUCCGCUUACUUCACUGGAAACCUCUCCAAAGGGAGUGGUCAUGUUGCUACUUCAGACAGCACCGAAGGCUUCCUCACCCAGGAUGGGACUGCCUUUGAGUCCCGUGGCUUGUUUAGCUCUGAUUCAGGAAUAGAGAUGACUCCAGCAGAAUCCACUGAUGUCAACAAAACCUUAGCUGAUCCCAUGGAGCAGAUGAAAUCGGAAGCUUAUAAGUACAUGGACAUGAGUCGAUCAGAAGAGAUCAAGUGCCAGGAGAGGUAUGGUGUAGGCUUGGGUGAUGUAGGCCCUCCAGGUUUAAUGGAGAAAUGGCAAGAGAAUGUGACUGAACCUAAAGGGACAGCAUCUGGAGGAAAAUAUGUCACCAAAGAGCCAGGCUUGGGUGACGAGUCAAUGUUUGGUGGCCAUCAAUACUCUUCUUCCGUAAUGGCACCAGUCAAGAUUACACUGACUGAGACAGAAACCAUCGAGGGGGCUGUUACAAAGGUGAAAACUCCAGAAAAACAAGAAGCAGGGCUCAAACCAGGCCAUGAAGUUGUUCCCACUGUGAUGGUGUCUGAACCAGAAGAUGACAGCCCAGGCUCAAUUACACCACCAUCUUCAGCCACAGGUACAAACCACUUGCACUCAGUAGUAGGAUCAAGAGUAUUUCUCUUUCUCUGGGGAUGA